GCCAAACCAAAAGCCGAAGCCCAUCACCAGCUCCAACAUCAACACCAACACAAGACAGACCAGCCUACUGGUGCAGCGCAACGAUGAGCACGAUACUCAGCGCCAUUUCUUUUGUGCUGAUGUUCAUGGCAGCUUGGCCACAAGCAUCGGCCGCAGUGUCUGGACCCGCCGGAGGGAUCCUGCAGAUCCCAUCUAAUCGCUCCUUGGCUCACUGCAUCACAAGGUGCGGGGACAUUGACUUCUCCUAUCCCUUUGGUAUAGGGUCCGGCUGCUUUCGUCAAGGCUUCGAUCUCACCUGCAACCACUCAACCAAGCAUCCCAAGCUCUUUUUAGGCAGAAGCACUGUCCAGGUCACUAACAUCGACUCCAGCUAUGGCAUAGUUUUGACCCCUAUAAUCUUCAAGCUUGCAACAAGGCCAGGUACAAAUACCUACAACAUGACAUGGGAGGCCCCUGCUAAAGGUAUUACUCUCGCUAGUUAUAAUACUUUGUUCAUAGCUGGUUGUGAUUUCGACGUCACCUUGUUCAAGUAUGGUACGGGAGACAUGGUUGGUUCUUGUAUGAGUAGGUGUGCCGGCAAGAAGGCACCAACUGGAGGGCAUUGUAAUGGAAUAGGCUGCUGCCUCAUCCAGUUGCCGAGGGACCUGGCAGCCUUUCGGGCAAAACUUGUCAGCACUAAUACUACUGCAACACAAUCAGAUUGGUUGCACCCUGGCAUCAUGGCUUUAGUUUCAAGUGAUCCAGAUUAUUACAGUUAUAAUACAUCUGAUCUUUUCUCUAGUUGGACAAAUGAUAGCAUGAUUGAUGGCGCAGUGCUUAGAGUUGCCAUCAUGGACCAACAAAGCUGUGAAGGUGCACAACUGAAGAACGAAAGCUAUGCAUGCAGCCACGGUAGCAGUUGUCGGAAUUCCUCAUCCGGUGGUUACCAAUGUGUCUGCUCUAGUUAUGGACAAGGCAACCCUUACAUUUUAGAUGGAUGCAUGCAAGAUUAUAACCCAAAGCCCAAAGAACACUGUCCUGCAUCAUGUGGACCCAUUACUAUUCCCUUCCCCUUUGGGCUUGAAGAAGGAUGUUUUGCAAACGAAAAAUUUCAUCUUAAUUGUACCUCUGGCAAUCUCACAGUCUCUGUCUCAGAAGAUGCACAAUAUCAGGUGACCGGUAUCUCCGUGGAAGAUGGGACUCUGACUGUUAGCAAUAUGGUGAACGGAAGUAAUGAAAAAGAGGCAAUAUUAAUCCAGACUGAAGAUGGAUAUGGAGUGGACUCACCUAUGGAAGAUCAAUUUGAUUUCUCUGUGGAAUACAACAUUGUUAUAAAGUGGGCGGUUGCCAAUUUAACAUGUGAAACAGCUAUGCAAAAGGAUACUGAGUAUGCAUGUCGCAGUUCCCAGAGCUAUUGCCUAAACGUCACCCACGGAGAAAUAUUUAUGGGAUAUCGUUGUAAAUGUUCGUCAGGCUUUCAAGGAAAUCCGUACGUCAAUGCUGGCUGCACAGAGCCGUUUACAGCUAUUAUGUGCGGAUAACUGCAUUGAAGUAUUCGGGGAAGGAACCUGCCUUGCAAUGUCGAAGACAAUCUAUGCGUCGUAUAUAUCAUCAUUGAAGCCUGGUUCAGGGGCUACUGAGGGAGUCCUGGAUUACGGCGUCCUCGGGGAGCCGGCCUAUGUGCUAUGGUCCGGAAUAAUGGGCAGUGGAGAUGUGAGAUCGAAGACCUUCCUCCGUGUCCAGAUGGGACUCUCCUUUGCGUGGAUGGCAAGCUUGGCGUUUGGAUCAUGCACCUUCCUUUCUCUGUAAACCAACCUUGUACAACCCUAGG